AUGAUGGCGACGUCGGCUCCUGUUUGGAAGACGCUUCGCGCGUGCCCGGCAGACCCCCUCGCUCUCUCUCACCCACAGGCUAACCACAGCCAAUCACAGGGGUGCAGGGGGGAGGUGUCAGAGGGGAGUCAGCACUUAAUUGGUGAUGUUCUCACUGACUGGAUGACGGAAGAAGUGGACUUCUCCUCGUACCUCCCAAACCCUCCCUCCCCUCUUUCCUCCACCAAUGCCUCCCUUCCCCCGUCACCCCUUCACAAUGAUAUCCAAGUGCCCUCUGACUUAGAGGUUAUGACCUCUCUGCUACAAGAGGAACUAGCCCAACUGGAGGACUACUUCCUGUCCGAGCCAUUGCCGGAGAAAGGUCCCAGGCUGGGAAAAUGUGAGCGGAGUCCCCUGCUGACUGGUCCUCAACCGUUCAGUCAGCUGCCUUAUGCGUCGUAUUCCGCACCCAACCAACCGGAAUCGAAUCCAUUUCUUCUCACCCUGGCAAGCGGAGAACUAGACCUGCUAGGAGUGUGUGGCGGGCCCGUGGGGCGCUCCAAAAUUCCCAGGCACACCCCGUACAGCUGCAGUCGUCCCAGCCCGUACGUGAGGAAAAGAAUCCCUGACAGUUUAAGAUGCGGUGAAAAUUACGACAACAGCUCAAGUUCCAAAGGAAGCAACUCCGUUAACUCGGCGCUUAGUUAUUGCUGCGUGGAAGAGGAGCAGUUGGCCGGAAAAGGCUACUGUCUGGGCAGUGCUGUCGAGCUACGAAAAUGCUCAAUUCUAGCAAAAGAAGAGAAAAACUGCCGCUUCGGUCACAACUCCGUCGGCAACGCAAGGGUCACCGCAGCCGCUGGCGGAUUCCAUUUUGGGGCAACGCUUGACGACUCGCUAAAGAAAGAAGAUCUGUUGAUGUAUAGCAUGAGAGAGGUGAGCGACGGCGCCGCUGACAAUGAAGUGCUGACCAGCAUCAAAACUGGCGUGGAGGUGACAAAAGCCACAGUUUCAUGGAAAGCCCAAAGCAGUGAAAAUUGUUACAUUUCGGCAACACCCCAGUCCGAGACCUUUCACGGCUUCUUCACCGAGCAGGUGAAAGCGGAGAAUCUGCCUAUAGGGCAGCACGAAAUGCACUGUAAUUUCCUGGAGGAUCCAAGUCCAGAGUGUCUUUUGAUGGCAAAGGAUAGUCUGAACUUGGAAUCUUGCAGGGUGAAAGAAGACCAAUGUGCCGUGAAAUACGAAUUUGACGUCCUUCCCGCAGAAGGAGGAGGAGAGCGCAAACAGAAGAAAAGAGAUCAGAACAAAACAGCGGCUCAUAGGUAUCGCCAAAGAAAACGGGCUGAGUUAGAUUCUUUGGAGGAACAGCUGCACUGCCUGGAAGGGCGCAACCGUGAGCUGAGGGACAAGGCAGAGUCGGUAGAGCGUGAAAUUCAGUACGUCAAAGACCUCCUGAUUGAAGUUUACAAGGCCAGAAGCCAAAGGCUAAAGCAGGACACAACAGGAUAA